AUGGAAAGCUACGUAUGUAGAUCAACUCAUCCUGGGUCCCUUCCUCCCUAUUCAAACCUAAAUACACCUGGAGCCUAUGCAAAUCAGGCUAUUCAAUUUACUCAUGUAUCGAAACAUACUCUUGAUCUUUUUAGUUCCAAGAAUACAAAUGAAUUUGAUAAAGCAUAUUCUUUCAGAAUUAAAUCAUCAAUUAACAAAGAAAGAGUGUUUCGUCUACACUACUUUCCAAAACAUGGAAUCGAAGGGUUCCGUAAACUAAUUGAUGAAAAGAUCCAAUACACUACUCAAAGUUUAAGCUCUACUCCUUUCGCUAUCGGUUAUUUUGAUCAGUAUAAAGAUUUGAUAACUAUCAGCAUUGAUCAAGACCUUUUAGGAUGUGUCCAUUGGAACAACUUGCUGUUUCCUAACAGAAUUCGUGCUAUUCAGUUGAUUGUCUAUGAUAUUAAAAAUCAUUCUUCAGUAGUUGAACAGUUCAAAAGAGAAGAAAUGCUCAAGCGUGCUAUUAUUUGUUGUUCAGUUGUACUUCCAAAACUAGUAAAACCACUAAAACUGGUUUUACUAGUUUUACUAGUUUGCUCGAUCCUUGGAAUGUGUGCUCAGUUCUUAUUUAGUUAA